CUUCAAUUAUGUUGAAACUUUGGUUUUUUUCUCUCUCUCUCUAGUAAUUGCUGCAGUGAAAAUCAGCGAACAAACAAGUAGGAAUGAUGGAGAGGUUGAAUUAUAGGGGGAGAGCAUGACUUGAGUGCAAUCAUAGGUUGAUGAGGAUGAGGUUUAUUGGAGACAUAGAAAGGAAGAUGAAGAGUUGGAAUGGUCACAUAAUUCCACUCACUUAAUAUCUCAUUUGGCUCAAUGUUUUACUACUGCUAUGGUUGGAUCAAAAUCAUGGAUAGGAGGACUCUUUCACCGCACAAACACUAAACGAAAUGAUAAGUUUGUUGACUAUCCUUUGAGUCCUCUAGAGGAGGAAAGACUUCAAAGGCUUCAAGAACGGCUGCAAGUGCCAUAUGAUGAGACUCGGCCCGAUCAUCAAGAAUCACUGAGAGCUUUGUGGCAUUGUGCCUUUCCUAAUGUUUCUCUGAAAGGCUUGAUAUCAGACCAAUGGAAAGAUAUGGGAUGGCAAGGUCCUAAUCCAUCGACUGACUUUAGGGGAUGUGGCUUCAUUUCCCUUGAAAAUCUGCUGUUUUUCGCCAGGAAAUAUCCGGCAUCUUUUCACAGGCUGUUGUUGAAGAAAGGUGGAGAGCGAGCAACAUGGGAAUAUCCAUUUGCUGUUGCUGGCAUUAAUAUAUCAUUUAUGUUGAUACAGAUGUUGGAUUUAUGUUCAGUAAAGCCUCGUUGUCUUCCAGGCAUGCAUUUUGUUAAGCUAUUAGGAGCAGAAGAUGAAGAAGCAUUUGAUGUUCUAUUCUGUAUAGCUUUUGAGAUGAUGGAUGCGCAAUGGCUGGCUAUGCAUGCUUCCUACAUGGAUUUUAACGAGGUUCUACAAGCAACCCGGAUGCAAUUGGAGAGAGAGCUAUCCUUAGAAGACAUCAACAGAAUGCAAGAUUUGCCUGCUUAUAAUCUGUUGUACCAAUAGCUCUAAUCUUCCUCUUUUGUCCAUAAGCAACAAUUUCCAAGUGCCACAAUUUUGUAAGUAUUGCAGAUAAUUCCAUUACAUUUUCUAUCCUCAUUG